AUGGGCCUUCUAAACAUUGUGUUGUUGGAUGAGUUAAAGGCGCUGGCUAGCCUCCAAUGGCCCCAGAGCCAUCUUCAAGAAUCUGAUCAGGGACAGGACCUCCUCUCCCGUUUUAGCAUUGCACCAGAAGAUGAGACUGUCUUACUUGAUUUGGAUGCGGAGGAGAACUACACACUUGGGAACCAGCUUCAAGAAUUUGAUCAGGGACGAAAUAUCCUCUCCCGGUUGACCUUUACACCAGACAGUGAGACUGCCCUACUCGAUUUGGAUGCAGAGGAGAACUAUCCACUAGAGAACCAGAAUCAAGAAUCCGAAAUGCACUUGCGAUUUAGCUCGACCUUUACACUAGAAGAUCAUACUCCCCUACGUGCAUUGGAUAUGGAGUUUGUCGAUGAGGAAAGAAAUCUUGCCAGCUUCAGGACUUUUAUUCCUGCUGAUGACCCAAUUGUUGAGUUCCUGCAACAAUUGGUCCCAGAAGACAGGAUUAGUAAAAGCUAUCGUUUGCCAGAAGCAACCAUCUCAGAGCAUUUGAAAACCAGAAAUUAUCAAACACUUGCUGAUCAAGAACCUGAAAUUUGUGUAGUUUGCCAGUGCGAGUAUGAGGAUGAAGAGACAAUUGGAACUCUAGAAUGCAGGCAUGAGUACCAUGCCGACUGCAUCAAAAGGUGGUUAAUGAAGAAGAAUGUUUGUCCUCUUUGCACACGUGAAGGAAUUCAACAGAAAAGCUAA